AGCGGCUUUAGGUCUUGCUAAUUGGCAUCUUGUUUCUCAAAGACCGGAUACAAUGCAGGCCAUGGCAGCGGCCAGGUCUGCCCUGGUUAUCCCACGGGAUCCAACACGUCCUACCUUCCUUGAUCUUCCAUUCAAUAUCCGAGAACGAAUCUACAAGUACGCCGGCCUAUCCAGACAUUGUCCCCUUGACUUGAACGUCUGGAGCCCAGAGCAACGCCACGAGGCCAGAGAAUACAUGCGAAAUCCCAGACGGGUUCGGUGCAUGACUGAGGAGGAAAAACAUGGUACAGGGGAUUGCGAUUGUUUCCUUUACGCAAGACCCUUUGUGCCCGUGCCUGUUCAACUACUGCGUGUCGCAAGGACAGUCUCUGCGGAGACAAGCGAGCUUCUCUACUCCAAAAACCGCUUCCACGUCUCCUUCGUGUUUCCCAAGGCCUUGCGGUCCCUGAAGCAGCUCAAUCCGGCAGCACUGGGCCAAAUUCAAUCCCUCAAGGUCACCAUCUACGACAUAGAUCAAUGCGCCGUCAGACCAUGGCAAGAUAUUAGAGCCUGUUCCAUGGAUUGGGAUUCUCUGCCGCUCGACAACUUCGAACUCCCACAACGGCGCUGCAAAUGGCUUCCCGGGGAAUGUGAGGAGUUCUUCACCUACUUGAGUAAGCAUGUCCAGGAAUCCCGGCUCAAAUUAUCCCUCGUAUGCGACGUGAGAGCCUUUGAUCUCGCAAAGAGAUUGACCGACCCUGUUCAAGAAUUACCGGUUCUGAAAGAAGUGGCAAUUCGGCUCAACUCUACGGGACUGAAUGGGGAUAUUGCGGCGUUGCGUGCUCUAGCUGACGAUCUGGCCAACCAUCUUACCGACAAAAGCCGGCUGUCGUGCAAGCCGUCCGUCCCACAGAAGCCGUUCCGUUUCAUGGAUUUGCCUACAGAAAUAAGAAUCAAGAUCCUUGAGCAGACUGAGCUGGUCGCACCUGGAAAACUUGUUUGGCAUUCCCUGCGCGGCUUCAACUGUGACCGAGUGCAGGAUCAUUUUCAUCGUUGCGGGACAUGCCAGAUUGUGCGAGACGAUCAUGAAUGGUAUUAUAGAGGAAGGUGCCCAACCAUUCUAGCACGCCGGUGCGAAUGCUGGAAGUUCCCAAUAUCCCUUUUUCUAGUCAACCAUGACAUUCGUCGACUGGCAACCGAGGUCUUCUACUCCAGAAACCACUUUGAGGUCGUGUCUGUUCUGGUCGAAAACGAUUACUGCGAUUCAGGGUCGUUUCUGUUGCCAUACCUUCAGGAAAAUGCCCUCCGCAGCUUGCGCAAGAUAUCACUCCACAUUCCACAGCACUAUUUCUGGCCUGACCUUUUUGGCACAGAAGAUGAGCCCAAACAAUUUCUGGAAGAGGUCUUUGAGACCUUGCGGCAAAAGGCUAACCUGGAGCGACUGAAACUGAUGAUUAUCCUUCAACUUUCACCAACAAGUGAUCUCUUCUGGCUAGACGGAGCACAAGGACAGCAUGAGCCAGAGCAGACCCAAGGCCCGGACUGGGAACGCUUCAAGGAAAUUGCAGAGCCGCUGCGCCAGAUGCGCGAAGAGGGCCUCAUGCGUCUGUAUGUGGAGUUCAGGGUGGUCUAUCCUCAUAGUCCACCUCUGGAGGUCUACGAAUAUUCAAAUGAAGCGGCCCUUGAAAGAUACAUCAUGGGGAAAACAUACAACAGCAUGGAACACGGCAAGAGGGAAUUUCGGGGCAAUGGCCCACGAUAG